GCCCCUGGGCGCGCCAUGCGCAGCACCACACUACUGGCACUGCUGGCUCUGGUCCUGCUCUACUUGGUGUCCGGUGCCCUGGUGUUCCAGGCCCUGGAGCAGCCCCAUGAGCAGCAGGCCCAAAGGGAGCUGGGGGAGGUCCGAGAGAAGUUCCUGAGGGCCCAUCCAUGUGUGAGCGACCAGGACCUGGGGCUCUUCAUCAAGGAGGUGGCUGAUGCCCUGGGAGGGGGUGCAAACCCUGACACCAACUCAACCAGUAACAGCAACCACUCAGCCUGGGACCUGGGCAGCGCCUUCUUUUUCUCAGGCACCAUCAUCACAACCAUCGGCUAUGGCAACGCGGCCCUGCGCACAGAUGCCGGGCGCCUCUUCUGCAUCUUUUAUGCACUGGUGGGGAUCCCGCUGUUUGGCAUACUGCUGGCAGGGGUCGGGGACCGGCUGGGCUCCUCCCUACGCCGCGGCAUCGGUCACAUCGAAGCCAUCUUCCUGAAGUGGCACGUGCCCCCAGGGCUGGUGCGAAUUCUAUCCGCGGUGCUCUUCCUGCUCAUCGGCUGCCUGCUCUUUGUCCUCACGCCCACGUUCGUGUUCUGCUAUGUGGAAGGCUGGAGCAAGCUGGAGGCCAUAUACUUCGUCGUGGUGACGCUCACCACGGUGGGCUUCGGGGACUAUGUGGCCGGCGCCAGCCCCAACCAGAACUCUGCAGCCUACCAGCCGCUGGUGUGGUUCUGGAUCCUGCUCGGCCUGGCCUACUUCGCUUCAGUGCUCACCACCAUCGGGAACUGGCUGCGAGUAGUGUCCCGCCGCACUCGGGCAGAGAUGGGCGGCCUCACGGCGCAGGCCGCCAGCUGGACCGGCACGGUGACCGCGCGGGUGACCCAGCGAGUCGGGCCCACCGCACCACCGCCGCCGGAAAAGGAGCGGCCACCCCCGCCUCCGCCGCCGCCGCCGUGCGCAGCGCAGCCCGCCAGCAGGCCCCUCUCCCCUGCGGCCCGGGAGAAGACGGAGCCGCCCUCCCCGCCCACGCCGCCCACCCCGCCCACGGCCUCCGCGCUGGACUACCCCAGCGAGAACCUGGCCUUCAUCGACGAGUCCUCGGACACGCAGAGCGAGCGCGGCUGCGCGCUGCCCCGCGCGCCAAGGGGUCGCCGCCACCCCCUCAACCCCCCCAGGAAGCCCGCGCGGCCCCGCGGCCCAGGGCGCCCCCGGGACAAAGGAGUGCCCGCGUAA